AUGGCGACUACUAUCUAUCGCCAACAGGACUUCCCAAGAUACGUUCCGGGGAUCAUGGCAACGAUCUCCCUACAGGUGUUUCUGUUGUUUUUGCUCGGUGGAAUGACGCUGCACUUUUGGUAUGAGAAUAAGAGGGCGAAGCGGAGGGAAGACAGGAGCCUCGUCUUCGCCGAGCUUUCCGAGUGUGGGGAGCUCGCUGACAAGCCACUGAAGGAGGGGCUCGAGGAAGGUGUCGGAAGGGAUUUGCGUUCAGUGUUACAGCCGAAAGAUGUCGCCUGUUCCACCCAUACAGGUGAAUUGGAUUUCUUCCUUGGAUGGGUGGCUCUAAGGCGCGUAACUGUACAGCUGUGGUGGAACAUCAGUUCAGUAGAUGCUCAUAGACACUCGGCACUCGGUACUCGGGUCUUUGCGAAAUGGGUCUGA